AUGGUUCGGGAUGGGAAGGAAAAGGCGACGAUUAGAAUUUGGAUGGAUCGGGAUUGGUGGAGAAUAAGAAGAACGACGACAACGACGAUUGAUAUUAGGAUGGAUCGGAAAGGAAGGGCGAUGGAGAAGGCAACGAUUGAAAUUGGGAUGGAUCGGGAUUGGUGGAGAAGAAGAAGGACGACUACAACAUCGAUUGAAAUUAGGAUGGUUUCGGAGGAUUGGACACGAGAAGGCGACGAUUGA